AUGGCCAGCAGACCCAGCCUGUUCACAAGGGGGCUCUCGUCGCUCUCCCAGAGCGUCGAUCCCAGCUCGCCAAACGUCAGCUCGCCCGCCGAGCAACGCGAUGAUGCUAAGCGCAACCUCUUCAAGACGAUGCGGGCGUUGCCGACGCAACACUACUGGCAGUUCUGGUUCGACAAAGGCGCAAAGGAGAACGAGAAGCCCGAAGACGGCGACUACCAGGCGACGAUCGAGACCUUUGGCGAGCUGAUCGAGUCGGUCCAGGACUUCUGGCGCAUCGCCAACAACACCCCGAUAGACAAGAUCAAGAUGCGCGAGUCCAUCUACCUGUUCAAGCAGGGGUUCAAGCCCAUCUGGGAGGACCGCCGCAACUUCCAGGGCGGCAGCUGGACGUUCCGCAUCCCCAAGGCCAACGGCCCGGACUUCUGGACCCGCGUCCAGCUCAUGGCCAUCGGCGAGAAGCUGCAGGAGAGCUUGGAGGAAGGUGACCAGCUCUGCGGCGUCGGCCUGUCCGUGCGCUUCAACUCGCACCUCAUCACGAUCUGGCACCGCGACGCCUCCAAGCAGAAGUCAAUCGACGGCAUGCUCAAGGCCGUGCUCGAGGAGAUCCCGCCCGAGCUCACCCCCAAGGCGGACAACUACUUUUACAAGAAGCACGCCGAGCACGCCGGCUUCAACCCGCCGCCCGAGCUCCAGGCCGUGCUGGACUCGCAGAAGCGCGCGCAAGAGGCGGCUGCUGCCAAGGACGCUACCACGGACGAGGCUCAGCCAGCGAAGUGA